AUGACCUUCCCUGCCCUGCUCCGGGUUCGAGAGGCGCCUCCCGCCUGGCAAGCCCGGGCCACCUGGCAGAACCGAGGGUGGGCCAACGCCUACUGUGUGCGCGCCGGCUGGCCCGCGGGCCGCUUCCACUUACACGUGCAGGCGACUACACGGGCCGCUUGCACAUCGCGCCCAGUCCUAGCGCCACCCGGACGCUGCCCAGGAGCCCUGGCGCGCACCCGAAGCAGACCUCUGGUUCCGGGCAGGGCCGCUCCUGUCCUCCGCAGCCCACCUUCUGGCCCCAUAACCUCCAGCACGUGUCUGCUCUCCGGCCUCCGUUGGACCCCCGGGGCAAGGGCGAUCCCUUCUAGGGCCUCCCGCCGGGACACGAUUCCCACGAUCAUUAAGGCGCGCCAAGGGCGGCGGCAGCAACAGCAACAGCGGAAGAAGAAGCCCACGGAGGAGCUGCGUUUGGGCCCGGCCUCUCCAACCACCUCUUCCAUUCCGGCAGCGGCAGCCAAUCAGGGCUCGCCAUCCCAGCAGGAAAAGCAACUGCCAUGGAAACAGAGCAUCACUGACUCCGAAGCAGGCAACCAGCACCGCCUUCUCCUGCACGCCAAGCAAUCGGCCUCGGCGGACCUGAAGUCGAAAGAGGAGAAAGACGCCGAGCUGGACAAGCGGAUCGAGGCCUUGCGGCGCAAGAACCAAGCUCUGAUCAAGCGCUACCAGGAGAAACGUGUGGUGAGCACAGAGAGGAAGCACAUCCCUCCCUCAAAGGCUUCGCGGGGAGGUUCGAGUGCCCGCGGCGGCCCCAUCCGUGGGGGGCCCCAUGUGCUCAGCCGCUCUCCACGAGGAGAGGGCCCCCUGGGGCAGCCCGGUUGGGAAGGAGCAGGCCCCGAAGGCCUGGGGGACAGCAAGCGAGGCCGAGGGGGGCGUGGACGGAGACCUCGAGCCCGUGGGGGCCCAGCGGGAGACGCAGGACCCGACCGAAGAUCUAAGGAAUGGGAAGAGCGCCGUCGGCAAAACAUUGAGAAAAUGAACGAGGAGAUGGAGAAAAUUGCCGAGUAUGAACGCAGCCAGCGUCAGGAUGGCCUUCAAGAGAAAAACCCCGUCCGUAACUUUCUGGACGACCCGCGGCGCAGCGGCUCCUUUGCCGAGUCGGACCGACGGGAAGGCAGCCGGCGCCACAUGCGCAACUGGGGUGGGCCGGACUUUGACAAGGUCAAGACUGGCAUAGAGCAGGGCAAGGAGCGGGGAGGCCCGGGUCGUGGCAGCGCCCGGCAGAGAGGAGGAGGCGGAGGUGGUGGUGGCAGCAGUGGAGGAGGAGGACCUGCAGCCUUAGACAUGACGCUUUCCAUGACGGGCCGGGAACGGGCAGAAUAUAUGCGCUGGAAGCAAGAGCGAGAGCAGAUCGACCGGGAACGGCUGGCCCGGCAUCGGCAGCCCACAGGGGAAUGGCGCCGGGAGUGGGACGCCGAGAAGAUGGAUGCGGCGUCCUUCCCGCCAGCUGAGUCCAAGAGACCCCCUAAACUACCCACUUUUGGAGAAUUCCUGUCCGAACAGCAAACGGACCGGCGCAGGAAGGGCAGAGGCCGGGGGCGCCCACGGAGCGGGCCCUCCAAGCCAUACAGCAUGCAUGACAAUCGAUGGGAGAAGGAGGAACCGGAGACGGUGCCACCCCCGCCACCCCCUGUAGAAGACAAAUCGGCCACUAACCCUGCGGAGCAGGACGAACCCCCUGCCUCCCCCUCUGUGGUGAUGGAAGAUGAAGAAGAGGAGGAGGAGGAGGAUCAGUGGGAAGAUGUCAGUGGAGGAGAGGAGGAGGAAGAAGAAGAGGAGGAAGAAGAGGAGGAGGGAGGAGGAGGAGGAGAGGAGGACCAUGGAGCCAAAGGCCGAGGCAGCCGGGGCUCCAGGGAGGAGGGCCAGCCCCCUCCCACCGGCUGCCCCCAGGCCCCCAGGAGCAAUGAGCAGCUCUCCCUGGUCAUGCCCCCUUGCCAGCCUGAGACACCCACGGCCGAGGGGAAGCCCCUCACCCCCUUCUCGCCUGCUGACGGCUACCACCCUGUUUCGGACUGGGGGGAAGAGAUGGAGCUGAGCUCUCCCCGAACGGACGCCUCCAGGAACCCUUUGGCCGAGCCGAGGGACGCACCUCCUGCUGCUGCUGCUGCUGGGACGGCCUCCCCCAAACCCUCGACUGAGCCUGAAAAGGAGGCAGCCCCCGCAGCCAGCGCCCCCGAGGUGCAGACCAGCACAGAGCCGGAAGCGGCCAAGCCGGAAGCAGGACUGCCUGGGGAGGAUCCUGGUGAGCAAACUGCUGAGACAGAAGUCCCUUCGGCUCCGGCCCCCGGCCGGGUAGAGAUCACCGACUUCUAGCAGGAGCAGCUGGACGCCUGAAGCCUGGGACGGUGUUCCUGCUCACCCCUGCCAUGUAGGGAGAGGAGAGAGAGAGGCCAGCUGGACGGCUCCCUGGACAGCCGCUCACUCGGAAUGGGAACACCUCCCUCUGCGGAGUCACAGCAGAGAGUUCGGAUCCUGCCCCCACCUGCCCCCCCCCCCCAGUCUGCUUGCUCUGGUCUCUUUUCUUAUGCGCGGCCUCUUGAGAUUUGGGGGAAGCCCCUCCCCCAGCAAGCCAUCGCCUGCCAAACCCUCCGUUAGUGCAGUUAACACUAAGGUCAUGUGCAGAUACGGAUUGGGGCCUCUGCAUGCCAGGCUUUCCUCUUUCCAGGCAGUCACCUUGCAACCAGGGGGGAAAAGGGGAGGGGGUGUGUGUCUUCGUCUUUUGUCCCACCCCCAGUCCUUUUGCUCCGUUGCUCCUGCCUCCUUGGCCCUUUGCAACAACAGGGCAGGGCAGGAGGGGGGCUGACAGGCCCUGUGGCCCCUCCCAUUUGAGUCACCCAAGGCACCAAGCUGCCCCCUACCACCCCUCCCUG